GCAUCCAACGUUUGUUUCACUUCUUGUCAUUAUAAAAGUGAAAAAAUGUAUAUUUAUUAGUGAAAGAAAAAGAUGUUGGAUGUACACAUGUCUGACCGAACGAUCCAAACGAUCAUACGAGCAGCAGAAUCAAAUUCGAGAUGCCAAUUACCGUCUUGCCCUAAACUGUGACCACCAGGACAGGGAGCGCGGGUUCUUCUAACAACCGAACCAGACAUUUUAUGGUUUUUGAUUUUGAUGCUCUUUCCCGCCCCUCUCUCUCUCCCUCGUUUCUCCAGAGUCCAGACCUCCAUUCCCGAUGUCGAAGGACCAGAACCAGCAGAAUCAGAACCCGUUGCAGAUAAUCUUCAAAGCGUCAGAGACCUGCGCACAGUACAUUCAGAAACAACUCUCGCAUUUCAUACCAAACUUACACAUCUCAUUUCCUUUACAACCACAGCGCCCCUCUCCAAGUAGUCAGCUUACACUUCUCCAAACCAAAGAGGAGUUUCCCAAGUCUGCUAAGCCUUUGACUAAGGAAGAGCUUGGAAGGUCCACUUGGACUCUGCUACACACAAUUGCAGCGCAGUUUCCUGAUCAUCCGACUAGGCAACAAAGAAGAGAUGUAAAAGAACUGAUGGGUAUAUUAUCUCGCAUUUAUCCAUGUCAGGAAUGCGCGGAUCACUUCAAAGAAGUACUAAGAGCAAAUCCAGUAGAGGCAGGAUCACAUUCUGAAUUUGCCCAGUGGCUUUGUCAUGUGCACAACGUUGUAAACAGAAGCCUGGGAAAACCUAUAUUCCCAUGCCAGCGAGUAGAUGCAAGAUGGGGUAAACUGGACUGCAAAGACCGUGCAUGUGAUCUUCAAGGCAUUACACUAGACUUUGACAAGUGGACGGACAAGUAAAACAGUUAUAUGGAUUGUAUGUAAGUCAUUUGGUGACACUAUUAUUAGGAGAGGAAAUCAUAUUUGGUAUAGUUCUUAUCCUUGUUACCAUCCCUAAUUAAUGAGGAGUUCUAAGAA